AUGAACCCUGCCGAGAUCGUUCGUGCCAUCCGCGCCCAGGCCGCUUCAGACCAGACAUGCAAUGUCAACAAUCAAAACGCCGUCGCCGCGUUGAUGGCCUACAAACUUUCUCAACACCGCGAUGAGAUCCUUCGCUCCAUGAGCGCAGGUCCUUCAUCAGCUGCUUUCUCAUCCUCAUCUUCACCCUCAUCUUCACCCUCAUCUUCACCGCCGCCUGCGUGCCCGAUGCAUGCCGGUGGCAACAGCGCAUCCGUAUCAGUACCGACGCCUUCUCCAUCUAAGCCUUCUCCCCCCAAAAUGGUCGCUUCAUCUGGAGGUCAAUGCCCUAUCCCUCACGAGGACCGCGACAAGUACCUCGCUUCCAAGUCUGCUCCACCUCACGUCUCUCUGGCUGGCUCCAUGACCCCGUCCUCGUCCGAACCAUCCUCAUCAUCCAAGCCAUGGUCUUCCACGCUCAACCCACUCAACAUGAUGCCCAGCCUCGGUCAAGGUCAAGCACCGGAGCAGAAGACCGUGCUUUCAACCGAACGCGUCGUUUCAUCCAUUCCUCGCUCCCGCUCUUCAGCUGCUCCUGGUGCAUCCCCUUACGAUGCACCUUCGGCGUGUCCCGUCAAGCACGACGACAGUCAUCCCUCGGAAGACCAGUCGGAAAAGUGGGAGUACCCUUCCCCGCAGCAGUUCUACAACGCGCUUGUCCGUAAAGGCUGGGAGACACCUGAAGAGCACGUCGAGACCAUGGUGCUUGUGCACAAUUUCCUCAAUGAACAAGCCUGGCUUGAAGUGCUCGAAUGGGAGAAGCUCGCCGGUGCCGACUCGUCGCGCGCCGAACUCGCACGCUUCCAGGGCAAGCCGGGAACGCUCACUCCCAAAGCACGCCUCUUUGGCUGGAUGGCCAGCAUCAUGCCCAACACGUUCAGCUCAGAACCGCCUUUCGACCGACACGAUUGGAUCGUCAGAAGACCCGAUCAGGAUGGCAAGGAGGUCCGGUACGUCAUCGACUACUACAGCGUACCUGACGACCCCGAAAAGGACGACCCGGAAUUCGUUCUCGACGUCCGUCCUGCUUUGGACUCAAUAGAGAGUCUCAGCGUUAGAUUACAGAAGGGCUGGCAGGAAUGGAAGCAGGGCCAGGGCUUCUUCUCCGCUUUUGCCGCCGAAAAUCUGCCAAAGCCAGCAGCCUCAUCCGCGUCGAGUGCCUAG